AUGCCUCUCGUCGUUCCCGGCAUCAACAACAUCACCGACGAGUCCAAGACUCAGGAGUGGAGCAACAAGCUCGUCGGAAAGAAGCUCCAUGAGGAGGAGUCCAACGAGACUCGUACUGACAGCGGCCCUGUUCAGACUUUCUGCAAGAGAGAUCUCCCCGAGAAGUCCCGUGUCAUCGAGCCCGGCAUGAUGGUGACCAAGGACUUCGUGCCCGACAGGCUGAACGUGCACGUCAAGGAAGACGGCACCGUCUCCCACGUCGUUCACGGCUAG